CCCCGGGUGCGGGAAAUGUUACACAGAGUGGGGGAGAAAAGAUACAUUUUACCCGGAAACGAGGCAGAGAAGUAAAGGGAGUUGGGGGGUAAAACAAGUACGAAACAUGCGGGGAGAUCAUUCUCAGCCCCAGCUUCAGGAAGAGGAAGAGGAAGAUAAUAUAAUAGAAGAGAGAUUGGGCAUUAGAGACACUUCGCUGGCCAGGUACCUGGACGGGCAGCAUUGGAAGCUGAAGAAUCAGCUCCGGCGGCAGACCGCACAGAGCCAACUGUUCCGCCAGCACAGGUAUGACUUGAAUCUAGAUGAGAUGCGUGACCUGUCUUCUGAACGAGUCAAGUAUGUUAUAAAGUUACCAAUGGUUCAACAACAAUUGGAAGAACAGAUAGAAAAGAAAAAGAACUGCAUCAAUAAAAGUUUGGCUAUUGGAGAAGUACUUUCCACAGCUGACCUUACAACUGGAGUUAAGAUGGGUGUGGUCUGCUGGUUGUUUGGUGGGGCAGUUAUCAAUCUUGGCAGCCAGAUACACAUUGAAAAGUGGCUUCUGCCUUUAAAGGACUUAAAGUUUACUGGGAUGUUUGCGAUGACUGAACGUGGACAUGGCAGUAAUGUGAGAGGCAUCCAGACUCGAGCAACGUACGACUCUGUAUCCCAGGAAUUUAUUAUCCACACACCAUGUGAAGAUGCAGAAAAGAUGUACAUUGGGAAUGCAAUGAAGGGGAACUACGCUGCUGUGUUCGCACAGCUGAUUGUCAAUGAAGAAUUGCUAGGGCCUCACUGUUUUAUUGUACCUAUUCGAGAUCAUGCAGGCAAUAUGUAUCCGGGAGUCGCUGUUAUUGACAUGAUGCACAAGGAAGGUCUGAAUGGAGUUGAUAAUGGAAUUCUCAGAUUUAAUAACGUUCGAAUUCCAAAAGAAAAUCUCCUGGACAGAUUUGGUUCGGUAUCUCAGGAUGGAGUUUAUCAGUCACCCAUUGAAGACAGAAGUGCUCGGUUUAAUGUGAUGCUGGCUGCCCUGACACCAACAAGGAUUGCCUUAAUAUUUCAAGCCCUGGGAGCCAUGAAGCUUGGAUUGACAAUCGCCAUCCGUUACAGUCACAGCCGCCGGCAGUUUGGACCCAAAGACAAAGAAGAAGUGAAGAUCAUCGAGCACCAGACCCAGUACCUUCGCCUUAUGCCUCACCUUGCUGCCUCCCUCGCUCUCACCUUUACAAGCAGGUAUGCAGGAGAGAUACUGGAUGAAGAUAUGUACCAAGGCCGGAACCUGAUCAAUAACCGCUCAUUGCAGGCAUUGGUGGCAGGCCUGAAAGCUUACAGCACCUGGGAAAAUCUAGCUUGUUUGCAGGAUUGUCGUGAGUGCACUGGUGGUAUGGGAUAUAUGAUGGAGAAUCGAAUUCCUGGGCUAAAGUGCGACUCAGAUGUUUUUGUAACCUUUGAGGGAGACAAUGUCGUCAUGCUACAGGUGGUUGUCCGUGAACUUUUAGCUCAAUAUGCAAGACAGUACGAAGAAAGGCCGGUUACUGGAUUGCUGAGAAACUGGAUUGCAGCCACAACAGAUAGCUUACGGACCAGUGUCUUCGCGUUCAACACAGACACAGUGGGCAGCCUGAGCUUCUUGCUGAAAGCCCUGAAUUAUCGGGAGAGAGUGCUUCAACGCAGCUUGGCAGCUAGACUCUACAGCAAGGUAGUGAAAAAUAAAGAGGAAUCCUUCAGUGCCUGGAACUCAUGCCUCCACCAUGUUACCUGCCUUGCCCUGGCACACAUUCAUCGAGUGACAUUAGACCAGUUCUGGAAAGCAGUGGAAGAAUGUCCAGACCCUGAAGACCAAGCUUUACUGAAGAAGUUUUGCCUUUUACAUGGAACUAGUCUCCUUUACCAGGAACGAGCCUGGUAUCUGGAACACAGAUACCUGACGCCAGCAACAAGUGUGCAGAUAAGGAACCAGCUAACCGAACUGUGCAGGUCGGUGAAGGACGACGCCCUGACAGUGCUUUCGGCUUUCAACAUCCCCUCAGUGACAGUCCACGCUCCGAUAGCCGGAAUAGCCAACCCCCGGGCAACCUGGGCUUUCUAUCCCAAACCUCACUUGGAUCGCCCCGGCUUCGUCAAAGCCCGCGCCAAACUAUAAAUCCUGCCGCAGUUGCAGGACCGUGUUAACCAUGGCGUUUAAUCUAUGCUACUUCAAGAUCACGGAACCAAUAACUACUAUCGUUUUGUGUUGGGCAAAGUAGCAUGAAAUUUAUUGAAUUUCACGGAAACGGACAUUACAUUACCGAAAAAAUCGAUAUAUAUUGGGAAUGAAUAUAUAGAUAUAUAUAUGUAUAUAUACAUAUCAAAAUAAAGACAUUUUCAUUCCAAACGGGUCGGUUGUAUUUUUUGUUCCCUACUCUUGUUGUCGUGCGGGUUUUGACUUGGCUGGCUCGUGUGGGUGGACAGCGCUACUUUCUCAGUUGAUAACUAUCUCUUUCAGACCGAAAGUCUCUCUUGAAUGUAAACCAAAAAAAAACACCUCCUCUGCGCAAGAACCGAUCUACAGACAAGCAUUCAGAAGGAAAGACUUUAUAGGAAUGAGCAGAAGGCUUCAAAUAGUUUUUUUAAAUUCUCUUUUUGAAAAUGAAACUUGCGGUUUUGUUCAAAUGUAUCGAUAUUUUUUCUUCUUUCGGUGUCUACAAAAUUUCAAGGCAUCUCGUAUGAUUGCUAUAGACACGGUAUUAUAUUCGUUUAGUGAUUUGUUGUUGGUCAGUUCCCUGCUGAGGUCCGACUCGCAAGUCAUUUCACUGUACCGCAUAUUGGAAGUAAAAAGGCGUUUAUACGUAAGUACUAACCACGGUGCUGGAAUUACCGAGUUAAACAGGAGCACAACGAAAUGUCGCUAUUAAUUUUAUGUACACAAAUAUUCUCCACAAUAACUAAUUUCAAUUGUAUUGAGUAAUUUCCACCGCGCGAAUUCUGAGUGGUAUACUUCGUAUACAAAGAAAUAAAACAUAAUCACAAACCGUCAUUUCCUACAAAUAUAAUAAACAGAAUCCCAUUCUCUCUUCCAGGGAUGUGGGCUUAAAAACAGUGUAGGAUUUUCAUACACGGUAAUUGCCAAAUGUACUAACUUUAAAUAACUAUAUUCAUUUAGCAUUUUCUGUCUUUUUGUUCUAUUGCACUUUUUAAAAUAUAUUGCUCAGAUUUCCAUCCAUGGUCAAUGUUUCACAUCAGGAGUGUCCGCCGCUCUCAGUUUAAAGGGUUAUUUGUGAAAAGAUUCUAGUCGAGGGGGAAGUUUAGCGGCGGCAUUUCGGCUCUCUAGAAAUACUUGUGAGUUGACUCGUCGGAUCUAAUACCUUGCCUUCAAAAUUCCGAUAAUGACCAGCAUCCUAUCUAAAAUUCCCCCACCUAAAAAGCCAUUUUUCAAUUUUAACUUGGCGAUGACAAAGUAAUGGAAGAAAUCCUCCCACCCGAUCAACCUACGGGCCAUUGCUAUUUGAUUAAUUGCAAACACCCUAUGAAGCCAAAGAGCGCAUCUUUAUUGACAUGACAAAGCGCUGAUUUCUCCACUGUAUUAAUCAUUAAUGUUCCCCGCCUGGUUUCAGUCCUAUUCGUUUUUUUCCCCUGAGAUCAAUUUGCCGGAGCUCACCCCAAUUAAUAACUCCCGAUCGAUUUAAAUCUAAUCGUGUCUUGUGAAAGUACCGAUCCACGCACCAAACCCAAGGGUCUCCUUAAGUUUCAAAUGUCUGAGCUUCCUUGCACCCUUCCCCUUAGACCGGGUUGUGCCUUCUUUUUGACCCUCUCUCCACAUUCAAGGUUAAAGGCGUUACUUUUUUUUUGUUUAAGAAACG